CGGUGAUCUUCAACUGCGGGCGGCGCAAGCAACCGCCAAGCGACAUAGAGUGGAGACAACGCCAAAAUUUCGAGCGGUGAUACUUUUUUUUUUAUAUAUAUAUAUAUAUAUAUAUGUAUAUUUACUUCAUGUCUACAUGUAAGAGUCUCUACACAGGGAUAAUUACACGGGUGCAUGGUUAGGAGGUUAUAAAAAGAAAGUUCUGGCUGUGUUUGAGAGGGGCAUAUCUUCCAAACCAAUCUGUCAUUUCUUAAACUCGCCCGGCCUAGCAGACUUGAAAUAUACGCCUGUGUGUUUGUGUCCCAGUGGCUUUCAGUUUAGCUACAGAUUGCGCCAUGGCUGCCAAUUCAGACCUUCGCGUCGUAUGUCGCAAGCUCAAAUCGACACCCGCCGACGAUCUACUCAAUGUCUGCCCAAGCCUUGUUCAGCAUGUCAUCCACUCUGGCCGUGCUUUGACGGCGCCUGUCGAGCAGAAGCCCAAGGAUGGCGGUAGCGAGACGGCGAUGCUUGUGCACAAGCUCAAGACACACAUCACCACCCUGUUGAACGGCAAGACACCCGCGAGCCGGUUUGCUGGAAUGGCUCUCGUCAAGUCGGUUGUGGACGCUGGAGGGUGGGAAUGCUUGAGGGCUGCUGAGCCCUGGGUUCGGGGUUUGUUGUCUAUGCUUCAGAAACCCGAUCCUGUAUCUGCAAAAGAACUAUGUGUGGUUACUCUGGUGAGGAUAUACACUCUUCUGCAUGAGUACCCAACUCUGGUUAGGGAAAUCGCCACACCCACAAUUCCCAACUUUGCAAACGCCUGCCUUCAGAUAUUGAAGUCCUCGGCCUCGUCAAAGACCCCCAAGGCGCCCCUGGAUUUUGUCGAAACCAUUAUCAGCGCAUUCGGCGCACUCGUGCCUCUGUACCCAACAACUCUGCGCCCUUUCAACUCACAGAUAAAGUCUGUCAUUCGGCUGUACCUGGCCCCUACCUCUUCGGACCCGGUGGUGGUACCUUCAAGUCUGCAGCAAGCUUCAAGGCGUCUUGCCAUACUUCUGCACAACACCGCGCCCAAGAACACGCACCCGGAGGAGUGGGCCAACCUGCUUGCGGCUUGGAUCAAGGACUCUCACGCAACGGCGGACCAGGUUUUCCGGGCUGUGAAUGAGUCCUGGGAGCCCUCGACGGGACGUGCGUCGCACAGCAUCUCCACCGAUGGCGAGCCAGAAGGAGGCGGAAAGCUGGCCGAAGAACUACCCGCCUGGUGGGGUCUGAGUUGCGGAGCACAAAGACUGCUGGGUCUCUUUGCUUCUGUCUCGGAGGCCAUACGUACCUCCACCAAGUCCACCGUCGUGCUGCCCAUUGCGGCACUCACCGACCUCACUUCGAGAGUAUUGCUGGUGAAUGCCCCAACACCCGGCAGCCACGAGCGCGAUCUCGGCACGCAGCUGAACCCUGGCAUCGGGCGAGAGGAGCGCGAUGAACUCUGGAGUGUGCUCCCGCUUCUCCACGUUGCAGCGCUCCAGCUCCAGCUCUUGCUGGUGCGGCGCCUGGGCAGGGGCUCGAUACCCCUGAGCUCUUCAAUACUUGACCAGGCCGUGCGCGCACACGCCUUGAACCCCAAGCUAUCUGCCACCCGUCAAGUCACAUUCACUCUGAUCCGCGAGAUCCUCCUCAUCUGCGGCCCGACCCUGCCCAAAAUCUCCGUCGAUACCCUGGGCCCAGUCAUCCAGAGCUGCUGCCACGACCUGCUCGCCGCGGCCGGUUUCGCGCCAGAGCAGAAGUCCACCGGGGAAACCCGGCAGAGCAACGGCACCAAGACAGGCGCGGGCAAGGGGAGCGUCCAGGCCAACGCCGAUCUCUUCUUGCCGAACAAGGACAAGGACUCCACGGGGACUCAGCAGCGCAAGCAAUCCACAACCGACGAGCCCCUGCUCUCGGCGGCGCGGGCCCUGCUGGAGGCGGCGCUGUCGCAGCUCCCGCAGCACCAUCUCAAAAAGGCCGACCGCGCGCUGCUGGACCGCACGGCGAUCCUCUCGGGCGACAAGGCGGCCAUGCUCGCGGGCGUGCUGCACCCGUACAUAGACAGGAGCGGGCGGCUGUUUGCCAACACGUACCCGUUCCUGGCCCGGCAGCACCCGCACGACGCCGGCGUGGAGCUGCUGAGGAGCAACCUGCGCACCAAGCCGCACCACUUUGGCAGCGUUUUGGCGGCCGGGCGGGAGCUACAGGGAGGAGGAGAGGAGAGCGGCGAGGAAGACGAAGACGAGGCGGCGCCGGCGAGGGCCUCGGCGGUCAUGGCCGUUCACGACGAGGAUGACCUGGCCGUCCAGAACCAGGUGCAGACGGAGGCCUCGGCCGCGCAGCCUGUUGGGUUUGCUCAGCAUCUGCGGAGCAUCGAGAUGGAGGUCGAUAUUCCGGCCGUGGACGAGGAUAAGUCAAACACGGCGCCUUUUGUGCCUCUGGUGCUCAAGCGCAAGAGCGUCGAGGUAGAGUCCGAGACUCCCGCCAAGAGGCAGGACAAGGGCAAGGGGACCGAGGCCGUGGUGCCGCUACAGGAGGCGGUCAAAGCACCCGGCGGGGAUGCGAGCGACAGUGAUGACGAGAGUGUUCAGCUGGAAAUGGCAUUUGAUGAGGACGAUGAUGAAGAUGAAUGAUAGAUAUGCGAUAUAAAAUAGAGGCAUGUCAUCAUGGCGUUUCUUUAGGAGGUUCCUAUCAAUAUCAGAAGUCUUUGCUACAAAGGUGCACUGAAUGCUCAUAUUCAUGCUGUUGUUAUUCAAGCACAUUCUAGAACUAAACGCUGCUGAGUCCCUUGAGGGGUCUAGUCCAUAUAAACACUCACUAGUUUCAGUAUUAUCGCCAAUGGGAUGCGGGGGUUUCUGUUUUUUUUUCCUCAUUGAGCUAUAAUCAUGAAUUUUUCUAUCCAGAUCUG